AUGAUGGAGAAACAGCUUUCUCAGCUGACAGCGACGCUCGGGAAGACGAAUUCUACAGAACACGUCGAUAUUCUCGAAAAAGUCUCCCCGAGUCAAAAUCCGACCAGCUUCGGUCAUGUAGUGCGUGAUACUGAUGGCCAAAUCGAGCGAUACCAUGGUCCCUGGACACUACUUGCCCAAUGUCGCCAACUUGAGACUGACUUGGCAUGCUGGCCCGAGGUUAGCACGCUUCUGACCAGGAUGGUACAUGACACUAUGAGAUUGUCUUUGGAUUCUUUUUCUGCAGGACUGGCUGAUAUGAAAAUUUGCCUGCCACCCCGGCAGCUCUUGUCUGUUAUGGUGGAGUGCUUCCUGAAGAACGCUGAUUACGCCACGAGCAUCUUCGAUCAUCAAUCUCUCUAUCAUGCAGUUGACCGGGUGUACCAGAAUUCUGCCAAUCCCGAGGAAAAGCCCUGGGUACUGUGUUUCAAUCUCAUCAUCCUGCUUACCUUGGGAGCGGAACACCCCUUGCAGAGUGAAGACCCGUUCGUAAGACCCAUGCUCCAAGCCGUCCACGUAGCUGCAGGAAACUCGAGAUUAUUUAUGGAGCCGAGACUGGUUAGCGUUCAAGCCUUAGCCUUGUUUGUAAGUGAUGAAGUCCUCUUGAUUGUUUCGCCUCUGACAGCCUCCGAGAGCCUUUUUGUGCAGCAAUGCUAUACCGACAAUGAAGCUCUCGGUGACUCCAUAUUUGCCCAAGCAUGCCAGCUGGCUCGCCAGAUGGGAUUGUCCCAGCCUCGCGGACAUGCGACAGCCUCCAUUCUGACCCCGGCCGAGGCAGACGAGCGACAGCGCGUUUAUCAAUCGCUGUACAUUCGCAAUCGAUACUCUACUACCGCAUCUGGAGGUCUUGUGUGGUUGCCCAACGUUUCAGCAUUCACUGGCACUGUUGCAGCACUUGCAGUACAUUGGGAGCUUGCAAAACUACAAGAUGAGGUGCAUCGAGUGCUCGGGGCUUCCGAUCUUACAUCGUCGGAUUGUCGCGUCGCCGUGGCCCAACUCCGCGAGAAACUCAAAGUAUGGCAAGAAACAUAUCUUAUGACAUUCAGUACCGAAGCAAUGACCGUGGAUCGCGUCGUGCUAUAUUUGAACUUCCUGGGAAUUCGCAUGUAUAUCAGCAAGGAGAGCAAAGAUACAGACCGAGAGGAAGUCCUAGACGAUUGCCGCCUGAGCUGUCUCCUGGUCAUUGUGUCAUGCACCCAACUGCAUAAGGUCGAUUUGCAAAAUCAGCUUUAUGACCUUCUGCAUAAAUUGAGCUCCUCGCGCGAGAAAUCAGACUCUAUGUCGCAGUCGUCUCGGGCAUCCACCCCGUCAUCCUCAUCCUCCUCUAAUUCUACAGGUGACAAACUAGCGCAACCUGCCCCUUUGGCGGAAACCUCCUCAAACAAUAACUUCUCAAACAACCCAUCGAUUCUACUUCCGCUUCAUCGUCUUGCAAAAGUUUUCCCCAUCACCGCUAUAUUCAUGCUCGGACGACAUAUUCUUGGCGUUACCACAAACGGCAAAUCUUCAACCACAUUCAGGACUGAACACGAUAACAACUCAGACAUUCUCCUACUCCAAUCUUUGCUACUAUGCUUUCAAAAAAGCCCACCUUUCCUGGGGAACAACAAGCAGCCCGAUUCAUGCAGUUACAGACUUGGCCAAGCCCUCGACCACCUGGUCAACAUCAUCCAUACUAUGACAUCUCAACGGACCUCCCCGAGGGGUCAAUACUCCAAGAGCCCGAAUAACGACAUAGAAGCAAAUGAACAUUUAUGCAGAAACUUCAUGGCAUCACAAAGCCUCCCCCAGGCCACCGAUCUGUCAAGUUUCUGGUAUUCGAGGGAGAUGACCGGGCAUACACCGAUGGACAUUUCAAUAUCAGAUUUCCAAUCUGCGUGGCCAACCCCACAAGAUUCUCUAGGCUCGUCAACUAUGCCGCUGCUUACAUCUGAGGGCUCAAUUUAUACACCGGCUAUGGAAGCAACGCCGAUCAUGUCCAUGUCGAACACACCAUUGGACCUCUCGGGGAUUUUUGGUCCGACAGAGCCGGAUGUUCAGGGAGGGUGGAAUGUAGUCAGUGAUGUUUCAGAUAUUUUACAGCACAGUAGACCACCUAUAAAGAGACGGCGAACUAAUGAGGAUAAACUCUGA